UUGCCCUCUCCAUUAUCACCACCACCACCACUCUUCUUCUUCCUCCGAUUGAAUUCACCGCCGCCGCCUCCGCCUCCGCCACUAGAGGCAGUAGUUAGGAGCUGAGAGUUGCAGUAGACGACGAAAUCGAAUCAAAAUGAGGUGAAAGAGAGAGAGAGAGAAGCCCUAGCCGAAGCACAGAGAGAGUGAGACAGGAAGGCGAUGGAUAACGGUUACGAUCGGAAAUUCGCGGACAAGUUCUCGGGGCUGGCGAUUUCCGGCGCCGGCGAUCGUGGAACGAACAAUGAUAGCAGCUUGUUUCAGGUCAUGAAGGCGGUGGAAGCUGCGGAGGCGACGAUUAAGCAACAGGUGGAGGAGAACCUCCGAUUGAGGACUGAGCUCCAGAACAAGAUUCUUGAGCUCGAUAGAUGUCAGAAAGUAGAGGAGACGGGGGCACAAAGGCCGCGUUCCAUCCAAGGAUCAUAUGAAGCUCAUCGACCAGUUCCUCCUGUUGGUAGUCAAGAAGAUAGGAUUAGGAGUUCAGUUAAUUCUUCUGGACUUGAUCCAUCUGGUACACUAGUUCUACGGCAAGAGAGUCCAAAUCCAAACACUGAUACUCUACAAAGUAAUGCAGAAACCCACUCCUCUAGCAGCAAGAUCAAUGGAACCGUGAAGGAAAUUCCGGGUAGCCAACAACCUGGGGAUAAUGCCGGGUUCUCUCAGUUGUCUUCACCAUCCACAACAUCUGUCUCCCCUGGGAGGUUUAACACGCAAGGAGAAUAUGACUCAAGGUUCAAUUUUUCUGGACAAGGGUUGAUGCCUAUAACUGAAUUAAAUCCUAGAAGCCUCUGGAAACAGGAUCUUAUUGUCAAGACUCAUGAACAUGAAGAAGAGAUCAUGCAAUUACGGAGACGUCUAUCUGAUUAUUCCAUAAAGGAAGCACAAAUAUGCAAUGAAAAAUACGUCCUGGAGAAGCGCAUUGCUUAUAUGCGUCUGGCCUUUGAUCAACAGCAACAGGAUCUUGUUGAUGCUGCAUCAAAAGCUCUAUCUUACCGACAAGACAUAAUUGAGGAAAAUAUACGCCUCACAUAUGCAUUACAGGAUGCACAGCAAGAGAGAACAACAUUUGUUUCAUCCUUGCUGCCACUUCUUGCAGAGUACUCUUUGCAGCCGCCAGUUCUUGAUGCUCAAUCAAUUGUCAGCAAUGUCAAGGUUCUUUUCAAACAUUUGCAAGAAAAGCUCCUCCUUACUGAGACAAAACUAAAGGAGUCACAGUAUCAAUUACGACCUUGGAACUCAGAGUUGAACAAUUCCAACACUGCCAUGCAAUCACCAGCUCACUCUUUUGGUGCCACAUUGAUAACUUCUAUCAAAAACGGGCUUGAACUGGUUCCUCAGCAAACAUAUUCCCAUGGAAACGAACCUGUUUCUGCUUCUGAUGUUCAGACCACCAGAGAUUGGGAUCUAUUAGGUCGUGAUCAGAGUGCUUUGGAUGGCGUUGUCAAUAGGAAUGGCGAACCCAAUGACCUGGGGAGGUAUUCGCCUUUUGCUAGCAGGAAUUCUGCAGCGCAAGAUACACAUACUCAGCUUGAUGUUAAUCGAGGCAGUGCACCAUUAACUCGUUAUAGUGAAGAACCCACCAGUAAACAGGUCACAUUUCGUGAUCCUGUCAGGAACACAGAGCUUGAUGAUCAAGAUCUUGAGGGAAACCAUCAUGAGACAGACAUGUCAACCAAUUGGAGCCCAGGAAAUACUCCUUAUACAACAACACCUGAUGAACCCGGCUCUUCGUAUCAAUUUUUACCGCCAGUUCUAGAAGAACCAUCUUCUUCAUUUUCUGAGGCUGCAGAUGAUGAUCCAUUACCAGCUAUCGAGAACCUCCAAAUCUCAGGAGAAGCUUUUCCAGGAAGAGAACUCCAAGCGUGUGGGUACUCUAUCAAUGGGACAACUAGUUGCAAUUUUGAGUGGGUACGCCAUAUGGAAGAUGGAUCAGUCAAUUAUAUUGAAGGAGCGAAGCAGCCGAACUAUCUAAUUACUGGUGACGAUGUUGAUACAUAUCUUGCUAUUGAAGUCCAGCCUCUCGAUAACAGGAAGCGCAAGGGAGAGCUUGUCAGGGUUUUCGCGAAUGAGAGCAGAAAGAUUCCAUGUGAUCCUGAAAUGCAAGCUGAGAUACAAAAGAUUCUUUCUCAAGGUCAUUCUUCAUUUAAAAUAUAUCAGUCGACAAGAUAUCUUGAUAUAUGGGAACCAGCAAUAUUGGCCAUUAAAAAGGACAGUUACAGUAUAAAGUGUACCGGACCCAAUGGUACUGUAAUCACUGAAAAGUUUUCGUCAACAACGAGUGUUGGAAUUCCUUAUGGAAGUCCUACAGAGUUUGUGCUGACUGAUUCUGGUGGUAACCAGCAUCUCUUAAAAACUGACAAUGACCCGGCAGAUUAUAGCUGUUCUAGGGAUACAGUUGUGCUCACAUUGAGAAUGUUUAUCCUAAAGGCUGGUGAGAGAAAGAAAAGGAAAAAGAGGGGACUUAUUUUUUAAUGAAUAGGACAAUGAUCUCCUCCCCUUGCGCGUAUGAUUUCUGUUUUGCUUCUUGUCUAGGGGUGUGCAUUAAAUAUCUCGGCGUUUUGGCGCAUGCCUUGUGAAUUUCCUGUGAGCCUUGUGCGCUAUUUUCAGUAUUUGUUACAGUAGGAAUACAUUAUGUGUUGUAAUAUAUCAUGUGAGAUGUUUUGCCUCUGUUUAGUGGGUCUAUGAGAUCAACACUAAAUUAUUAUUUUUCAUCGAAAUUCAAUGAUAACCAUAAAAAUGGGACAAUGUAAAGAAAGCCAGUUUGAGGUAAAGUUA